CUCCUGCAGUUUGACCCUCACUGAGACUGUGCUGCAGCUCUGCAGAGGCACACAGCCGCACAUCUCUGAUUGAUGGACAGACGAGUCAAAGUGUGACCGUUGGACACAAGAAAACUCACCUGCCAAACUUCCAGAGUACAGAGACGAUGAUGAUUAAGCCCUACGCGAGACAAGGGGAGGCAGAGGAGGACGUCAGCCCCGCGCAGUGGAUGGAGGGUGACGUGAGCUCACCCGACGGCAACGCACCUUUGACCUCACACCGCUGCGGAGCACGCGGCAUGAACCAUCAGCAGGAGGGCAGCGAGGAGGUCGAAGAAGACGAGGAAGAAGAAGAAGGAGGCCAGGAGGGUGACAACGAAUCCAAACAAUGUGGAUCCAAGAGGAAGCGGGUGACCAAGGCCAGGCAGGAGCGCUUCCGUGCCCGGCGCGUCAAGGCCAACGCCAGGGAGCGCUCACGCAUGCACGGCCUGAACGACGCGCUGGAGAACCUGCGCAGCAUCAUGCCCUGUCACUCAAAAACCCAAAAACUGUCCAAAAUCGAGACCCUGCGUCUAGCCCGUAACUACAUCUGCGCUCUCUCGGCUGCCCUGGAGGGGGGUCUUUCCAUGGAAAGCAGAGCUUUCAUGGAGACCCUUUGCAAGGGCCUUUCGCAACCCACCACCAACCUCGUCGCUGGGUGUCUGCAGCUGGGCCCGGCGCCCGGCGUCUGCGGGAGACCUGACGACAGAGUCCGGCCGCCGCCUGUUCCUCUUGGUGGCGUGGCGAGCUACUCCUCCCCGGGCCUGCCGAGUCCGCCCUACGGCAGCUUUGACUCUGCUCACCUGCUCCACAUGAAGGCCCUGAAAGGAGGGGCGUACGAGAGCCACUCGCCAAAUGAGUAUAACACAGGCGGCGUGGGGACGCCCCCCUACGAGGGGCCGCCUACUCCACCCCUGAGCAUCAGCAGCAACCUGGUCAGCAAACAGGAGCCGUCACCUCACUACUUAGCCCCAUCGCACUACUCCCCGUCCUCUGUGGACCACGGCCUGUACCACCCUCAGACCGGCUACGGCGUACAGGCGUCAUAUGACUCCUACCAUCCACCUCACAUGACCCCCCGACAGAUAACCCCGGUCUACAGAGACUAGCAAAAACCUCCUGCAAACCGCUAAAACAAUUUCAUCAGUUGUGUGGCGCACAAUAGACUAGCUGAAUAACGGUAGAAAAUACUUGACAAAAGUUGCAUAAUUCUUUCCAAACUGAUUACCAAAUGGAUCCCAAUGGGAAUUCUCGUGAUGGAUCGUCUGCAAUGUCCUAUAAAUAAAAGCACUUCUUUUUUUUUUUGGUAGCAACAAAUAGUCUACAUAAAUGUAUUUUUAUUUAUUGUCUAAUUUAAUACACACAAUAUUCAAUCUGAUGUAUAUGUGUUUUUAUGGUCUGUUUUGUAUUUGUGGUCUCAUUCUUUUCCAUUUCGUGCGUAGUUUUCUUUGUUGUGCGUUACCUCAUUUUUAAAGUCUGGAAACAUUCCUUUUUUGUAGCACUGUAGUAAAUCUUUGGUGGAAACAAAGACAAAACAAAACAAAGAAUAUGAUGAGGAAAAUGAAUAAGGGGUUCACGAGAAAAUUUUUACUCUCAGAUUAGCAAUGGUUUUAAUAUGGAUAUUAUUUCCAUAACGUGUUGCUUUUUGACUUGCAUUUGUUUCUUUUGGAUAUUGACAUUAAAGAUGAAUGGUCAACUGAU